AUGGAUGUGAAUAAAAUGAUUGAUGAGACCGAUGAUUCGGCGGCAAAAGAAAAUGAUCCUUGCCUGCCAUCCAGCAAUUCUUUUAGGAAAUCGAUGGAAUCCCUGAGUAAGAAGAGGGAAAUCGAACAACAGAAUUCCUCAGUACUUGAUGUAGAGAAAAAUAAGAAUAUUGAAAACACCAAUAGUUACACUUUGAAACAAGAAAAGAAAAAAUCUGGACUCAAAGUUACAAUUGUACCACCCUCAUCAAAAUUUGAAGAAUGGUUAACACAAAAAACUGGUCUUUCGAGGCCUGGUCUCCUUGUUGCAGGAGUAUUAAUAUUGUUAUUGUUAAUUUUAAUUCUUACAGUUGUUAUAAUGACUUGUCUAUGGCCUGAUAUUCCUCAUUCGAUGAUGUUUCCAUUGUGCAGAGCACCGGCAUGCCUUUUGGCUGCCUCUGAGGUAUUAUCAAAAAUGAAUCAGAAUGUUAACCCAUGUGAGGAUUUUCGAGAAUAUGCUUGUGGUCAUUGGUUAAACACCCAGAGCAUACCUAAUGACAAGAGUUUGUGGAAUGUAAAACAAGCCAUGCAGUUUAAAAAUCGAGAGCAUUUGAGAAAUUUGAUCACUACCAUGCCCUAUCCGACUGAUGUUGAACAGUUCCAGUGGCGUUUAAAAAAUAUUUAUGAUUCAUGUAUGUCAGUCGGCUCAGUAGAAACAGAGGGUAGUCAACCACUGAAGAAGCUAAUUCAUAGUUUAGGUGGAUGGCAUGUUUUACGUGAAUUUUCUGUUCAGACAUGGGACAUGUCAAAAACCUUGAGAACCCUACAUGCAAAAUACAAUAUUCAACCAUUCUUUUCUGUUGAAGUUGUUCCAGAUGCUAAAUCUCCUCAACAAAGCAUUAUACAGAUAUCUCCUGGUAGUCUUGGUUUACCAGACAAAAGUUAUUAUUACAGAAAAUCUGAUGAUAAGGUCAUAUUGGCUUAUAAAAGGUUUGCAAAAGAUGUGGCUCUUACUUUAGGAGCUACCAGUACAGAUGCGACAACUUUUUCUGAUGACCUGUUUGGAUUUGAAAGGCGUUUAGCAGAAAGAUUCCCUUCAAGAUUACCUGAUAGGACUGCUCAUUAUAGACCCACAAUUUCAAAACUUGAAGAAAUAGCUCCAUCUGUUCCAUUCUAUGACAUUCUCACCGCUAUGUUCCCUGAAGCCAAGCUUUCCAAAAAGUCUGAAAUAGUUGUGAUCGCUUCUGACCAUCUCGUCAACGUCUCUCAUAUUAUAUCUACAACUGAUAGAAGUGCAUUGAAUGACUAUAUGAUGUGGAGACUGACUGUUGGAUUCUUGCCAUUUCUUUCAAAGCUAUAUAGAAGCACUAUAAAUGAGUUUCAUAAAAAUCUAUAUGGCAUUAAAGAUGUUACACCAAGAUGGGAAAUGUGUAUUGAAACAUUGCAGAAGUAUGUAGGUUAUGGAUUGGAAGCUAUGUCAGAAAGUGCCAAUACGGAUUUGGAAAAAAAAAGUAAAGUUGUCAAUGAUAUAUUUGAUAAUAUUAAGCUGACAGUAAAAGAUUCAAUUCAAAAUUCGAAAUCUCUUCCACUUCAUAUACAAGAGCAUUUUCUGGACAAGUUAAAUACCAUAGGCAUCCAAGUUGGUCUCCCGAGCUCUAUGCGUUUUCCUAGCUAUUACAAUGACUUUUAUCGAUCAUUGACCUCUAUCAAAGAUGACUUUUUUCAAAAUAUACUCUAUGGAACUGCAUUUUAUUUAGAAGAACAGCAGAGAAGGCUGAAAUUACCUUCUGAAGAGCACAGAUGGAUGGACAUAGUCUCUGAUGGUCUAUUAAAAGUAGUAUAUGUUCCAGAAAUAAAUAAGGUCGUUAUUCCUAUGGGACUACUGUCUAUGCCUUACUUUCAUGUUCACUAUCCAAUGAGUGUUUUGUACGGAAGUAUUGGUAUGGAAAUUGGUCUUGCGAUACUGGGAUCCGUAUCGGGCAGGGGAGCCUUCCACGCCGGCGAUGGUGUAGUCUUACCCCCUGACCAUCCCGCACACAAUAGUAGCCAUGACUGUUUCCUCCAUGACACUGGACCAUACAUCAAUUCUGUUAAACACGUUUUUGGGGCCUUGAGUAGGCAGCUUGACAGUGUGCCUCAUAUUCACCAACCAGCUAUGGAAUAUCUCGAAGAUGAAGCCAUUUUCUUUAUCUCUUAUGCCCAGGGAAUGUGUACAUUAAAGACAGCUGAAAAGCAAGAUAUAGAAAUGACAACACUGAAGUCUAAAUUAGAUGAUCUCAAUUUGCUGCAAAUAAUGAAGCUGCGAGCAAAACCAUUCUCUUCUACAUUUUCUUGUAAUCGUUCUGUUAAGAAAGAUGAAUGCGAUUCAAUGAUAUGA